AUGCGGCUGGAGCUCGAUGCCCUGUGCAACGAGAUCGCGCGCAACUCCGUCCUCAAGGUGGUGAUCCUUACCGGCGAGGGGCGCGGCUUCUGCGCCGGCGGCGACCUCACUUCGGAGGGGGCCGUGCUGGGGGCGUUCGAGGGGUCCAGGCACCGGGUGCUGCAGAGCGCCAUGCGCAAGCUGGAGGAUCUGCCGCAACCCACCAUCGCCGCGGUGAACGGGCCGGCCGUGGGGGUGGGGCUGGAGAUGACGACCCUUUGCGACAUGCGCCUGGCGUCGGACCGCGCUCGCUUCGGCGAAGUGGCGGUGCCGGCGGGGUUCGUUCCCGAGAGCGGCGGUUCACGCAACCUGCCCAAGCUCGUGGGCAUCGGCCGGGCCAUGCGCCUGAUCCUCACCGGCGAGAUCAUCGACGCUCAGGAAGCGUUGCGCAUCGGGCUGGUGGACGAAGUGGUGCCGCACGAGGAGUUGAUGGAGCAGGCCUUCUCCCUGGCCGGCAAGAUCGCGGCCAACCCGUAUCUGUCCGUGGCGCCACAGCGAGCGGCUGAUCAGAUGUACUGGCAACUGGCAACCGGAGACCGACGAGAUAGGGCUAUCGCGAGAGCUGGUGGAGUGCGGUCUCGACGAUCCACCAGCACCAAGGACUGCCAGAAGGCAUGCGGGCGUUCAAGAAAAGCGUCCCGACCCACUACACAUAUCCCGUAG